AUGGGGCGUUGCCGUUGCUUCCCGGUUGCGUUGAGAAAGCUAAUCGGCUUGGAACCGGAAGACGACGACGACGACAACGUCGUCGAAAGGCCGGAAGAGCUGAUCAAUCGCUACGUGAGGCUUAUGACGGCCACAGCCAACAUUACAAGCGGUCUUGGGACGCUGGCGUUGCUGUGGUCCACCGUCGUCCUCCUCGGAGGCUUCGUCGCCGUUCUGGGGAUGAAGGACUUUUGGACUCUCACCCUACUCAGCUUCCUACUGGCGUGCAGGGUGGUUGACAAUUAUGACAAGGAGUUUAAGAGAGGGAUUUAUACGGAAGAGGACAAAAUCAUGAGUUUUAUCAGGCGUCAGAAAUGGAUCCAUGAGGCCACGGCCAUGUGUCAAAGAAUCAUGCUGGGUAUGGCGUUAUUACCCAAGUAUAUUUUGUUGACCUGCCUUUUGCUACUUACCCAAGUAUAUUUUCUUGUACGACGAGAUUAUGGCGACGCCGGAGGAGAUGUUGCCAACAGAGCAAAACUGAAUGCCGCACUGGACAUCUUCUAUGCUCUAGCUCUGUUGCAGAGUCUAUUCGUCCUGUACUGGGGUACCCUUCAAGUGAUGUUAGAGUCGUCAGUUUGGGAAGUCACGGCUGUGACGAGGAAACAAUAUGGAGAUGAAGAAUGGAGUUUAACGCUAGUUGAUAUGUACCGUUCAGAAACAAUAAGGAAGUUUAGGAAGGACGGGGAGCUGCCCGGCAAUUGGAACUUCAUCACCUACGGCGUUGAGUUGCUCCAGUCUGCAUCUGGGGACGAUGACCACCGAUGGGGAGCAAGGAUACUAGACAAGCUGAUCUCUGGCAAGGAUAAAUCUGUAAGGCAGGAGCUGCUAUCUUCCAGGCUCUCUAUUCAGAAUCUGAUGGGCAUGAUUGGUCGUCGGAGAGGCGCAGCUGAUGGUGACAUGGAGAACAGAGAGCGCGCCACAACCAUUGUUGCACACCUUGCCAGUGACCUCCAUAUAACAAGCUUCCCGGGUACAUUGCAGUGCAUUUGUUCCCUACUUGAAAGCACUAGCAGCUGUGACUGUGAACCAAAGUCGCAUGCCUGUCCGUCGGGAAAUCCUGAUGAACAGGCGACACUGCCUACCGAUGAAAAUGAUCAUCAGCAUGGGUCACUGGAAACAUCCGAGCAUCAAGACGAUGGUACCCACAUGGACAUGGUAGCGCCCACCAUCACAGACCAAACUGACGAGGAACGACAAGCAGUCGUCGUCAGUUCAUCAUCUUCCGGGUUAGCCGCCAAGAGGAAAAGAAAACAGAUUAAGAAAGACUUUGAGGAUAAUCCCAUCAUCAGGGUCCGGCAACUAGACAAGGAGCUGAAGAAAUAUUCUGAAUCCAAGUACCGCCGCUCCUAUAAAUCUAGAGGAGCCAAAGAGCUGAUUUCUCAGGGCCUCCUGAUUCUUGAGAGGCUCACACAGGACCAAGGGAACUGUACAGAGAUAAGUAAGGACCAAAGCCUCCUCUCUAGGAUCACGUCACCACUGAUGAGAAGCGCAAGCCAUGGCGACUUCCUCACCAAGCUGAGCGACAACACAACGGUUGAAAUGCUAAGCAAGUCACUCACAGUGCUGAGCAGGCUACUUACCGGUCCUGGAGAUGACGUAACAAGGCUGCAUCAGAAGCUGGCGAGUAACACAGAAGCUGUCAGCAAUCUGAUGGGUAUCUUGGAGAAUGACAGUGAAGGUGCCCAGAAACUGCAUGAACAAGCCCUGGAGAUCCUGACAGAGUUAGCAUUCGAUGGUUCUUUCAAAGAACUGGAUUUUAACAAGCUUUUCAAGGCCCUGCUACGUAUCUUCCUCGAGAAAGAGACUAACAAUAUUACAAAGCAAGAGCCCAACAAUAAUGCUACAUCUCAAGUGGAACAAGCGGACACAGAGAGAGCACCCAAACUGAGGGGAAAUGCAGGGGAAGCACUGGCCAGACUGCUUCCUGUUCGCGCUGCAAGAGGUAUAAUUUCCAAGCAAGAGGCGAUCGACUUAUUGAACAAGGUUCUCCAUAAAAUACUAUCUAGUAAAAUGGGAACAACUGCAGAUGCGGUAGAGAUUGUCGUAGAAAACCAGCCCCAAGAAGAUGCAGACACUGACAGUGUACAGCCUCCCAUUCAGGAAAAUGAAAAGCAAUCUGAAGAAAGAAAAAUUAUGGCAGCCAUGUUAUCCCUCGCCGUGGUGGUUAUAGUCAUGAUUGAAGUGGAACCCAGCUGCAACGCACAUUUCAAUGAACACAAUUUCAAGGGAACACUGGCCGAGGCAUUGGAAACCAUGUCGGAGGUUGAUGACUGCAUGCUCUUUGCUGGGAAUGAAUGUGAGGUGAUCAAGCCUGCGAGGUCUCUUACUUCUCUUGUGAAGGAAGCACAUGAACUCCUGAAGACAGCACAAGAACAGGGUCGUCUUGGGCUGGCGGCGGCGGUGCUCUACAAAUGCAUACAUCAAGCACUCGCUCUGGCUGGCCUACACCAUCAACACCCCUCUUGUGAUCUAUACUCUUGGGCUUGCACGGUCGUCUCCGCCUUCUGCCGCGAGCCAGUUGCUUCAGCGUGUGCUUUUCCGUUCGUCAUGGCCCUGGGGAGCACCAACUCCAUGACAGCCUACAGUGUUGACGACAACAAGCAGUACAUGAGGCACUUCAUCCAGCAGCUUCUUCGUGUGCUCAGCCUCUUCGCCAUGUGGAGAGCUAACGAAACGAUUCUUACAAGCUCCAGUUUCCUUGUGCCCCUCUUGUAUCUAUUCUUGACUGCUUUGUUGCUCUCAGUGAAUGGGGGUAGGAUUUACGCAAGCAUGACUGCGAGCAGUUUCCUGGACAAACAAAGCAGAUAUGUUCAACUUCACAUGAAGAGUGAGCACACGAAAUCAACCAACUAUAAUCCUGUUACCCUGCAUGGUUACAAAUACCCAUUCUACGAGGACUAUUAUGACCACGAAGACACAAUAAUUACGCUAGACAGGAUCUGGUGCUCUAAUGAAGGCCCAUUAGGCACAAGUGAUGGCCAACAGCUGAAGGAGGCAUGCCUUUCGUUUUCCUUGUUUCGGCCGUUGAGGCGCCGUUUCUUUGGGCUUGCUUGUCCAGAAGCCAAAGCCAAGAUUAAGAAAACUUGUCACCUUGUUUUCAAAGGAUUGCUACGUGCAGAGGAAAACUAUCAAGCUGCAAAUAGGGUGAUUGAGGCAGAGCUGGCUUUUGCACAUGAUCACUUCUUCACCAGCUGCGCUUCAUUCUACUGA